AUGAACUUCAACCAGCUGCAGGGAGCAGCCAAGCUGCAGGAGGUUACCCAGCUGCUAGGCACACUCAAGAAAGACCUACAAGAGAAGCACCUUACUUCAGCUCAGAAAGUCCAGACGCUUCUACAACUGCGCCAACAUGGCACGAAUCCCGUCGACGCCGGUCCGAUUUAUUGCAACGAUGGAAUUGGGCUAUUGGCGCGGUAUGGGGUCGAGGGAGAGACAGCCGAUGUGCGACGCGCUGCCUUGCGCUGCGUCGCCAAUGCUCUCCUCCUCGAUUCCAGCAUGCGCCAGGUCUUCGCGGAUACGGGAUAUGGAGGCAAACUGGCGGAAAGACUAAAGACUGAUAAUUCUGAAGAUGAGAUGGUCACGAGUCGAAUCCUGUUCCUGUCGACUUACGACAGCAACAUGGAUUUUGAUCUCCUGAUAAGCAAGCACUCUCUAGGGGAUAAUGUUAAUUAUCAACUAACUCGACACGCUAAACAAUUCCCCAAAUCCGGUAGACCGCCAUUGACACAGAUGGACGAAUUGGCGCUUAUCGAUACUUUGAAGCUCAUUUUCAACGUUUCGAAGCUGUAUCCCGACCUUGCUGUCACCUUCUCACCCUCAAUUCCCCACAUUCUCAAGAUCAUCAGCCGAAUGGAAAUUCCAGCCAAGCCACUUGAUGGCUUGAUCAGCUAUUUGAUCAACUCGUUGUCCGUCCUGGAUCUGGAAGGGAAGAAAGAGAAGCAUUUUGAAAGCAAUACCCUCUUCCCGAAGUUCAAUCAGAAUUGCAAUGUUGACAAGCUGAUUAAUAUCCUUGACCAAGCGGUAUCCCUCUACCGCCCAGAGGAGCUUGAGGAGAAAGCAGUCCCACUUUUACAUUCUCUUAUUGUCGUUCAUGAGGUCGCGCCUGAAGGCCCGCGAAAAUAUAUGCAGUGGCUACUCCUUCCCGAGGAUAGUGAUCGCAGCUUGCCCAUUGGACGCUCGGACACUCUAGCUUCAAAAUUGUUGCAGCUCUCUACCACUCCCUACCCAAACCUGAAGACCGGUAUCUCCGAACUGAUGUUCGUUCUUUCUGGCAAAGAUGCUGAAAAUCUUACGCGGCGGAUUGGAUACGGAUUUGCUGCUGGCUUCUUGGCUUCUCGUGGAAUGGAAAUCCCUCAGACUGCCAGUGAAGCUUUCGCGACUAGCGAUGCUAAUGGGCUGGACUCGGGGGUCAACCCAAUCACUGGACAGCGUUGGGCCGCCGAGCCGAAAGAUACAGGUCCUCCCAUGACUGAGGAGGAGAAGGAAAGAGAAGCUGAAAGACUCUUCGUUUUGUUUGAAAGGGCAAAGGCGAAUGGUCUCAUCACCAUGGAGAAUCCUGUGGCCCAGGCCGUCCGGGAGGGAAGAUUCGAGGAACUUCCGGAUGAUGCCGACAGCGACUAG